CGUCGUCAAGAAGAUGCCCAACUCGCAUUCGGACCUGUUCGGUGAGGACGAGGAGCAGCCAGUGGCGCCACCCGCUCACAGCGACCUGUUCAUCCUCUGGGCGCUGUGCAUCGUCGUGCUCGCGGUCGUCGGCAUCCCCACCGGUCUGCUCGCCGUGCGCAACAUGCGCGCAGACAGGAACCUCACCGUGAGGAAGCCCUUGCCUGGUGCACUGCCGUUCCAGGACCGCUACGUGGCGCCGGCGCAGUUACGGGUGCGUAUGCCUCGCCAGUGCGACCUUCCGGACGAGCCGGCCAACCUGACCUUCGACCUCUUCAAGCAGUACAACGGCGCAGCUGUUGGCAGGGGUGGCGGCGGAAUUGCGGUGGCGGGUUCGAAGUCCGCGACGCAGGUGUUCUGCUACUACAACAAGAGCCGCGUCAGCUGGCUCCAAGGAGGCAAGACCUGGUACUUCGCGGCAAACCUACUGGAGUGGACGUUGGAACACGGCUUCGCCGGAGUGCACCUCGACUGGCGAGGUCUCGACUCGCGGCUGUGCGGGCUGCCCGGCAACGACAUCGCCCUCCAGGCCCUCCUUCAGGAGCUGCGCCACCUGGCCAAGCUGAACCGGGUCCCCCUGGUCGUGGCCCUCUCUGCGUCUGCCGUACCAGCCGUGCCCGGCGACCUGGUCGACUUCUACCUCCUGGACGGCGACCAACGCUGCGCCGAACCGGACGAGGCGGGCCUGGAUUCACUCUACCGGAAACUGCGCGAGUCCGAGGCAUCCGUCUACUCCAUUUGCUGGACUGUGUCCGCAGCCGUGGAGUUGUUCGAAAGGAGGACCGUUGGCAUCAAGGGACACCAGCUGAGGUUCUCGGGUCUGGUGCCGCGCAGCGAGGUCUGCGACGUGCCGGUCAACGGCAAGUUCCGGGAGUGCAGCGUCGGCGAACUGCAGCCACGCGAGAAGGGUGGUAAACCGGCAGUGAUUCGGUAUCGAACGGCGGACGGGGUUGCGCAGAGCGUGCGCCACUACGCGAAGGUAUGGAAGGGCCUGGACCUGCGCGAGGACCCAAUGUGCGCCCUCUACCUGGACGGCGACCUCGACGAUCCCGAAGGGGAGUGCGGAGAUCCGUUUCCGCUGCUGCGAGCGCUGAUCGCGUCGCGAGACGCGGUCGUGUAACCUAUAGAUGGAAUACGAUACGCGUUGUAUACAUACACGGUGAUUGUCGACUGGCGAAAAAAAAAACACUUUAUAACAGAGUACUAAAGCUAACGAUAAAAAGAAUACAUCCAGGACACAGCGCUCCCUCAUUAUAUGGGGAAAAGUUUAUUAUUGUCUUUCCGCGACUAUAAUUGGUUCAAUUACUUGCUUACAUUUUUUUUGCUUCACAAAUACUGUGUAACGUUUCUCAGUGCUGCCAUAGCACUGAAUCAGG